AUGGAUCUUAAAGAAGCUUUGAGGAACCAAAACGACGUUGCGGUGAACCUUUCCAUGCACGUCUUAUCUUCCACAACCAAAGCCUCUAAUGUAAUCUUUUCACCGGCUUCAAUCAACUCUGCGAUCACCAUGCAUGCCGCUGGUUCAGGAGGAGACUCAAUCGCUAGUGAAAUCCUCUCCUUCCUCAGAUCUUCGUCAAUCGAAGAGCUCAAAACCAUUUUCCGCGAAAUAUCUUCCAUCGUCUUCGCCGAUCAAAGCGCAAGUGGCGGCCCAAAGAUCACUGCGGUGAAUGGCUUAUGGAUUGAGAAAUCACUUCCGGUUGAUCCUAAGUUCAAGGAUCUCUUCGAGAAAUUCUUCAAUGCUGUGUAUGCUCCAGUUGAUUUCCGAUCAAAGGCUGAAAAUGUUCGUGUGGAGGUGAACUCAUGGGUUGAAAAUCACACCAAUAAUCUCAUCAAAGAUCUUCUUCCUGAUGGGUCAGUGACAAGCGAAACCGACAAGAUUUACGCAAACGCAUUGUAUUUUAAAGGAGCUUGGAAAAAACCAUUUGAAAAGUACUAUACAAGAGACAUAGACUUUCACCUUGUCAGUGGCACAUCAGUCUCUGUGCCAUUCAUGACCAGCUCUGAUUACCAAUACGUCCUCAGGCUCCCUUAUAAACGAGGUGGCAGUGCUGAUGGUACUAUUCGAAAAUUCUCAAUGUAUUUCUAUCUCCCCGACAAGAAAGAUGGAUUGUAA